UAGUUUAAACAGGGGCUCAAAGUGGCAUUUGAGAGAGAGGAUACUUCCUCUCGUAGUGGACACUUGUCUUUUCAGAAGACUUCCACUGACUGAGAGGAAAGGCUUUUACCAGAGGCUUCUGUGGUCAAUCUGAAGUCUAAAAAGCUUCCCUUUGUCUGGUGGAACUUGCAUUCUGGGCUUGGAGUGGUUCAAACUCUAUGAUGUCUUCCUAUAAAUGUCAAGAGAAGGGAGCACUGAAAAGUCACGAUUGUGUCCUGAUUUACGAAUCGGAGACAGAGGGAGGCGAGAGCCACAUGCCAGGCAGUAGCUUAAUUGGACUCACCACCAAGAUGCUAAAAGUGAAGCGACUGGAAGAAAUCAACACAUGUUACAGCAGCAACGGGCUGGAGAAAAUGGCCUUUUUAAAGUGCAUGGAAGAGGUUGAGAAAGUGAAAUGCUUUCUGGAAGAAAAAGCCAGUGAAGAGCAUCCAAGAUGUGGGAAGAAUGAGGCUAAGGAGAAGGUGUGGUCAAACCCUGGCCUGAAGGAAAAGACACUUGUCAAAGGUGAAAGGACAUCAGCCCUAACAGAGAGAUCUACCCAGAAGAACCAACUGUCCUCUGAGAAAGAAAAGAUUGAUAAACUCAACAAGAAAAAUUCCGAAAAGACCAAUGCCUCUGUAGCUCAGAGAAGUUUUGCCAUGUGUCAUUCAGAAAGGCAAGAUAAGGCAUUGGAUUCUGUCCUGAGAAAUUCCAUAGAACCGAGGGAGAGCAUAGAUGGAAAAGGUAUUUCUUGCACAGAAAGCUUGAAGAGAAAAGAAAAUAAUAGUGUUGGAGAUGAGAAGCAAGCCACUGUGGAUAAGAAUGAUUGUCCAGCGCUCAAAGGGGAGUCAAAUGGACUCAAUUCUAAGGAAGAUACCAGAAGACUAGAAGAUGAGGAGGAAGGACGGUCUCCAACAGCAGGAGCACCCAUGRUGGACAAACAUUCCAAUAAAAAGCAGCAUGUUGAUAAAACUAACGGUGAUCAGUCCCAUGAAAGGUGCAUCAACAGUGCCAAGAUGGUAUCUGCACCAGGAGUCCUGGGAAAUCCAGCAACAGGAUGCACCCUCCAGCAUGCUGAACAAACGGAGUCCGUUGGCAGCAGUAAGCGCAGAGUGACCGAGGAGUGCUUCGUCAAGGAGGACAGCAAAAAGAGCAGAAUAGAUCUAGUGGGUGCAGGCGAAGAGAACACAUUUAAAGGGACCCAGGAAGCCAGUCAAGCCCAGAGGAGCUUACAGGGUCAACCCCCUGAGUCUGUGGGAAUGAAACCCUCCAGAGAGCAAGAUCUGGUGGCCCCACUGGAUGACAUCCCUGCUCCUGCUGCCCCAUUCGAUCAUCGAAUUGUGACAGCCAAGCAAGCAGCGGUCAACAGUUUAUAUACUGUGAGCAAAACAGAGAUUUUGGGAGGGGGGCGUUUCGGCCAGGUUCACAAGUGUGAAGAGAAGGCCACAGGCCUGAAGCUGGCUGCCAAAAUCAUCAAGACCAGAGGCCCAAAGGACAAGGAGGAAGUGAAGAACGAGAUCAGCGUCAUGAAUCAGCUGGACCACGUGAACCUCAUCCAGCUCUAUGAUGCCUUUGAGUCUAAGAAUGACAUCGUCCUGGUCAUGGAGUAUGUGGAGGGCGGGGAGCUGUUCGACCGCAUCAUUGAUGAAAACUACAACUUGACUGAGUAUGAUACCAUCCUGUUCAUCAGGCAGAUAUGCGAGGGGAUCAGGCACAUGCACCAGAUGUACAUCCUCCACUUGGACCUGAAGCCUGAGAAUAUCCUGUGUGUGAAUCGGGAUGCUAAACAAAUAAAAAUUAUUGAUUUUGGAUUGGCCAGAAGAUACAAACCCAGAGAGAAGCUGAAGGUGAACUUUGGAACCCCAGAAUUUCUUGCCCCUGAAGUUGUGAACUAUGAUUUCGUGUCCUUUCCGACUGACAUGUGGAGUGUGGGGGUCAUCGCCUACAUGCUACUUAGCGGUUUGUCCCCUUUCCUGGGCGAUAAUGACGCAGAGACACUGAACAACAUCCUGGCAUGCAGGUGGGACUUAGAGGAUGAAGAAUUUCAGGACAUCUCAGAGGAGGCCAGGGAAUUCAUCUCCAAGCUCCUGAUCAAGGAGAAGAGUUGGAGGAUAAGUGCCAGUGAAGCUCUCAAACACCCCUGGUUGUCAGACCACAAGCUCCACUCCAGACUCAAGGCACAGGAAAAGAAUCGCAGCUCUGAUGCUCAGAACCUCGUGACAAAAUAGUCCAUGGAAGGUGUCCACCUGCAAGGUUGGUCUCAGGAAAACUGCUGCGGUUGCUGCUGCUUUGAGAAGACUUGGAAAAAAACCAGCAGUUCUGAUGCCUUGACCCCUAUGAUGACUGGUGGCUAUAGCAGGGGGAGCCCUUGAACUUAAACUUGAACUUGGAGUACCUCUGUGAACAUAGAGGGGGCACCAGGCACCCAUCCUCAGGGGACUCAGAGAGAUCCCCACAUCCCAUGUAGUGCACGUUGGGAAGAUGUUUCUCGGCCUUCUUGAGUUUUUAUUUUUAUUUUUGGAUGUCAGUUACUGGGACAGGAGGUGCAUUAUGUUUGUUAUUUCUCAGAUUACUAGAGCAAAUGUCUUGAGAUUUAUUUAAGAUUUAAAAACUUGCAGGAUGCAUUUAGAGGGAGCAAACAGCUUCUAGUAACUAAACAAUGCCACUUGAGCGGUGAUCAUAUUUUCAGAAAAAAUACUGUUUGGCAGACCCUUGAAUACUUCCAUUUCUUGUUUUGAUUUGUUCCAAAAUCGGGUGAAGUCAAUGAUUAAAUAAUCUACGUGCUGGCUUUCUUAGAGUUCCGAGGCAAGAGGCAGCAGACAUCAUAUCUUCUAUUUACUCUGAUGUCUCCCCCCAAGUUCGUGAGUGUCUUCCAAAUGGCUGAUUCUGUUUUCAAAUUGGUGCAGUGUGUUUUUGCAGCACUCUCCCAGCUCUCCUGUGAUGCUCAGCUCAUCUGCCUGAAGUGCAUUAGUCUGGGGAGGCCUUGUGAAAGUUAUCUGCUUAUGGUUAGUCCUAAAACUACAGCUUUUAGGAAGAAGUUCGACAGUCAUGGGGGCUGUCCACGAGAAUAGCUGGACUUGUGCUUUCUGCAGAAGGACAGUGCUGGCUUCCUACACUGAAGUGACCAGGAAGUAGCUGUCCACUUUCUGUGUCAUCAAACAAAUAGCACCUACACAGAAUCUCAUGGGAUUUGGGGAUUGUAAAGAAAGCAAAUACCAAAGAUGAGGGGGCUCUCUCUCUCACUUUUUGGGCAUGACCAUGAUUUCCAGCUGUAAUCUUCUUAUUCCCAAGUUUGUGAACCAUUUCCUGACACUUGUUUCAUAAGGGACAUAAGUGCUACUGCAGGUGGGACUUAGGGCCCAGAAAGACACUGAGAUGUGAACAACAAAACGUGCAUAUUGUUUUCUUACAAAGGAGAGACAAUGCCAAGACCACUGGAGUCCCCUUGCACACCAACACUCUGCUCACCACUCAGCUUGGGGAACUUUCCAUAUCCAAAUAAAUGUUGGGUUGAGAUACCWUUAUUUUUAGCCAUAAGUCUUUGUAGGCUUCUGUUGUCACAAUCAGAAUAACUUGGUGGUCCUAUCAGUGAGGRCAGAUUUAAUUCCCACUGUUCUCCAUUCUCUCUCACCUCCACUUAAAGCAUCCUUGUAGCACGUCCUUAAAUAAUUAAUGUACAACAUUCUUAUUGUCAUGUUUAAAUUAAAGGGGAGGAAGAAGUAGAGGGAAAUGUGCAAUUCAUUGAAGGUCAUGURCUAGGUAUAAAACCUACUUCUUUCUAGCCUUCUCUCUAAUUAUUAAAAAACAUUUCUUUUUUCUUUUAGCCUAUAUAUUAAUUUAAGGUUGGUUUCUCUUAUAUUCCUGUUAUGUGAUUUUGCUUAAAAUGUUUUCUUUAAAAAAAUAAAAGAAACACAAAGACACACACACACACACACACACACACACAGUCCUGUGACUGCAGUGUUACAUUACUGUGCUAUGUUUAGCUGAUGCUAUUCAUUGAGUCUGGAAAAAUACAAGCCAGAGCAUGCAUUAAUACUCUUAGACCACAGAGACCUGGCACUCACUCAAAUGCUAAAUAGGACACAAGGGUCUGGUUUGAAACCCCGCGUGGAAGGGCGUUUGUGGUCCUGUGGUCCUGCGGUCCUGUGGCAUGAAUUCUCUACCAGAUUGAGCAGGAGGUCUGUUGCAGGAUGUGCAUUUUACAAUCCAGCUUCCAUUCUGACUCACGUUGGCAGAUGCACUUUCCCCAGGCCCUGCCACACAUGGCAGAGACAGCUCAGGUCAAAUACAGGCACGAUUUCUUUGCCAAAUUAAACCAUUCAAUGGUCCUGUGGAUGUGAUUUAAAAAAAUUUUUUUUUUAAAAUAUUUUUUAGUUUUUGAGGUUUAGAAAGGAAACUCUACUUUGAGAAUGAAUGCUGUUUGAAUUUGUAGUUCAAUUUCUACGCUUGGAUGGGAAGCCAUCCUCAUGCCAGCAGGGCGCCUUUUAUAGGAGAGCUGAGGAUAGUCUGCGUUGCAGAGUCGGUGAGUGCAGUCUAGGGUUACCAUGAUGGGGGGAUUAUCAGUCUAGUGUUCGUCCUGUCCCUUCACUCCACACCCACGAAUGGCUGCUCCAGCGAGAGCCUCUCACAUGGUAGAUUACUGCUCUGGUGGGGGAAAGGGGGCUUUGCAAAGCCAGGGAAUCAAACCAGACACAAGCGUGGACCAGAGAAUCCAAGUCUGGCUAGACUGGGGCUAUUGUGAUCAAUUUUUCCAAGAASUCAUCAGGAUUUGAGAGGCCGUAUUUCUCCUCCACCCUCUUAAUGGACAAUGUGACUUUGCUCUCUCUCAUUCCUUUAGCAAAUGGAGGAAAUUAAGCUCUGCUGUGGCACUUCCCACUGUCUGGAGAGAAAUAAACCUACAAGUUAUUAAGARGAGAGAGUCCCCACGUUUUGUAAUUUGGAAGACAUCAAACGCUCACCCAGAGUCUGUUGAUAUUCAAAAACAGGAGAAAAGAUGUCAUGCUCCCAUUUGUUACAUAAAAGAACUUUAGCAGGAACUGUCAUCUGAGUUAACUUGGGACAAUGAUUUCCAGGUUGAAAUUGGGUAACGCAUAUCUCUGUUGAGUCCUGUAGAUUUGUUUUUAGUUGCUUUUUUCCYGACUUAAUACUAAUUUGCUUUUUUUCCUUAAAAAAAAAAUGUAAAUAGGCAUGGCGCUGUUGACAUAUGGCAUAUUUGGAUGUAUGUGUUAAAAGAUGUGUGAAUAGUUACAUUUUCCUCCAUUUUAUGGAAAUUAGUAUACUUUUUUUUCUCGUUUUAGAAUCAAAAUAUGGAUUUUAUGUUAGGAACAGGAAUAUCUUGUUUUUCAUUUUAUUCCUUUUUUCCCCCUUCCUGUCCCUGAUGCUGCCUCUGCCCUUACCCAGCCAUUUGGCGAAGAGUGCCAGUCUGCCUACCUGCACUUGUUUAGUUUGGGCUGUAGACCAGCUCCUUUAGAAAAUUCAUUUGUAAAAUUGUAAGUGACAGGAAGAGGCAGGCAGGGACCUUGGUGGGCUGUGAUGGUUAGACUUAGUUCAUCUCUGUGGUUCCUGGCAAUUCUGCCAUCCACAGGGGCUGAAACAUGGCUGAGGCUUGCUUCUCAAUGUCUCCAAUUCUCCCUACUUUGUGUUUGCUUCAUCUUCAAAUUUUUUCUCUCUUUUACUUAAGUUGAAACCCAAAUCCAUCUUUUCUAUCAUGAUACACCACUAAGGCCUUUGGUUCAUUUAUUUAUUAUUUUUAAUUAAUUAAUUUUAGGAGGGAGGCAUUGGAGAUCAAACCCAGGGCCUCGUCCAUGCUCUACUACUGAACAACAAUCCCAGACACCACCACUGCCCAGAACUUUUUGAGAUGAAAAUUUUAUUUCCAAGAGGCAACUGAUUCAGAUGACUUCCUUGCAUAACUUGAAAUCUGCAGCUUCUGACAGUAGAUGUGUUGUGUAUGGCUCCCUGAUCCAUUUAAGUGAGGCCUGUUUUGUAUAAUUGGGGCAGUUUCACCUUCCAUGAAGACUUAUGACCCAAUCACAACGCCCAUUCAACAGAGCAGAAAACAUCUGGGCCCCAGUGUGUGUAUUUUGACCAACUGCUGGAGGUCAGUAAUUCCUUCUGAUGAGGUUUAUCCCUGUAGAUAAGAACUGAAAAUGGAUUCAUAAUGUGCUGAUUGCAUACAUCAUGUGUAUGUUUUAUUUCUGAACAUAGGAGCAAGCAUUCAACUGUAUUUCUUUGCCUUAUAAAGAUGUACUAUAACAUGUGUCUGUAUUAUACUAAAGAACAAACAUGGACCUUAUUUAUUCUUUGUUAAUGAGCUAAGUUAUUCAAUAAAGUAGACUUG